GUAUAGUACUACACACACUUCACUGUACCAUCUCCGUACCCUAUGCCGCCAGCAUCCUCUAUAUCACAGACUUGGCCGUGAUGCCAGAAGGAAUGAACUAAAUCGACUAGCGAUCGUUAAGAACACAUGCUGGGUAAAUGAACGGAUUUCUAUGGUCAGAUAGAGAUAUAACGGCCACAGCGGUGCGUGCUUGCAGUAGUGCCAUUUGUCUUCGAAAUAUAUAUAUGUAUAUAUAUACAUGAUGGCAUCAAACAUGCCAUCAGCCAGAGCAAGAUUAUAUAGACGUGAGAUAGUGCCACUGUUACAAGAAGGCUUUGCUUCAGACGUUACUUGUUCGAGAGAGACCAAAUAGCGUCGCGAUCUCUUUAAUGCGCGAGUCUAGUUGGCGACAGCGGGGCGAGGGAGGUCGCGGCAGGGAAACAUGCCGACUUCACUGGACGCGGCACGUCCAUCCUUCGCCGGCUCCUCAGCCGGGCCCCGGCUCCGUUGCUGUAGAGUGGUGCUCGCGUGUGUCCGUGUGUGUCUGAGCGUCCUGUACCCCCGUACCAACUUCUCCCGCACCCCCGAAGGACAAGGCAGCACAUAUAAUUAUGAGAAGUCGAGCAAUGAAGGGCAUCCAGGAACAAUGCUUAGAGGGCGAGCCAAUCUGUGGAAUAAUUAAUCGGCGACUGCUCCCGGCCAAGCUUCAUCUUUUCCUCUACUGCGGCUCGUUGGCGGGCGUAAUGCCUUACAUCGUGCUGCACGCAAAGUCGCUAGGCAUUUCGGCUGGUUUGGCGGGUACGGCAAACGCCAUCAUGUUAAUUACAUCGAUUUUCCUUAAAUUCUACCUUGGCGCACUCGCUGACAAAUUUCGAGCUGUCAAAGGAAUUCUUAUUCAGGUGAUUCUUUUGCAAGGAUUGGCCCACCUGGCUCUUUACACAUGCAUACCGCGUAUUGAAUCAACCGACGUUUGGCGCCCCAUAUCGGAAAAUAACGCAACCUUCUAUUCCGCUGACAGGGAAUAUCGUAUAAUUUGUAGAGUCAAUACUUCGGAGCCCGUAAUUUGCUCUCAGAGUGUGAUUAAUCAAACUUCACUAUCUGAAUGCAGUUUUACUAAGGACUUUGUCAACGAGCACGAGUGUAAGAGUCAGAGCAGGAACGGCCCUGUUGCAAUAGAGGCCUUUCAGUUCUGGGUGUUUUUAGCUCUUCGAAUCAUUGCUGGUGGACUAGCCUCGGUCGGAUUCUCACUUACUGACGCGGCCAUCUUUGCGAUACUCGGUGAUCACAAAGAACUUUAUGGGCGUCAAAGACUAUGGGGUACGAUUGCGUGGGGUGGUCUGUCCCCGCUGAUUGGCUUAAUCAACGAGAACUUCUCAACGUCAGCAGCUAACAACUAUGCCCCGGGUUUCUAUAUUCACUUCACUUUGACGCUGAUCGAUUUAGUGGCCGUAUGUUACCUAGACCCGCCGGAAGUGAUACGCCCUUCGAAGAGUAUUCUCUCUGAUCUUCGUCAACUUUUCCGACAACCUAGCAUACUGUUCGUCACCCUGUGCAUUUUCGUCCAGGGAACUCUUAUGGGACCGAUUUGGUCGUAUGCGUUCUUGUACUUCAGGGACACACUCAAUGUCAGCCAAUCUUUGAUGGGUCUUCAAUUGUUGAUUCAGUGUUUCUUCGGUGAGACGCCCGUGAUGUUCUUCGCUGGCUGGAUAAUCGCCCGUCUAGGUUUCCGUAACUCAAUGGCACUUGCUGUGGGAGGAACUGGACUUCGACUAGCGGUAUACGCGUUUGGAACGAAUCCUUGGCAUAUGCUUCCCAUUGAAGUAACGCAUGGUCUUUCGUUUGGGCUAUUCUACACUGCCAUGACGCUAUUCGCCAGUAGAGUUUCACCCAAAGGCACAGAAGCCAGUGUGCAAGGAAUCAUGAGCGGAAUGUUCGAAGGAGCAGGCAUUGCGGCCGGUAGCAUCGUUUGCGGUUUUCUCUUCGACCAUAUUGGCCAGCGGCAAACAAUGCUAUUCUUCACCAUUUAUACCUUUGGAUUUCUUGUUCUACAGAUUAUUGUCAAUUUGAUGAUAAGCGAAACUUCCAUCAGUGACGAUGUGUCAGUAAAAAAGCUACCUCCGCCUGAGAUACAGGUCGAAGAGGCCUCACAGGUCGAGCAGCUGCUGAAAGGAGUCGAUAGAACCAUGCCACGUAUUAACACCGAUGUCUCUGAACUUAAGGAUAUCUCGUUCGUUGAGGAGCACGAUGAUGCAGUUGCUUGAAAAAGUACCUGCAAAGCCAUUUCACUACCAAAGCGCAUCGAUGGCGGAUGCCUAAUUUAUAACGUGUAACUGAUAUAGCAGUUACAGAGUGGUUAAAAUGUUAAAAAACCUAUUAAUACAAUCAGAAUGCCUUGCCUGUAAUGAUUUAACCAGUGAUCGCGAUCUUACAAGAGGAUCAAUUAGCAAAGAAGCAGGGGUUAAGCUAUUGGCAGACCUUGGACCGGGUGAACAAAAGCGAUGGGCGUCAAAAGCAGCGCUUCCUUUAUGGUUAAUUAUCCACAAUACUGUUCAAUGAAAUUUCGCCAUGUAAAAAUAGGUAAACUAGAAGCAUAGAUUAAAACCUGCAAGGGACGUGUGCUAAAGUUAACUGAUAUCCGUCUAUUGCAUCGCGAUAACGUUUCUUCGCAUCAGCAUGGUAGCUAUCAGGACUUCUACGUUCAAGGCAUUAAGCGGUACACAACUGUCCCAACUCUGCAUACAUGUACAUAUGUCAUGCGUAUUUUCGUUUGUUCUGUAUUUUCCAAAUGUGAAAGUAAUGUUUGUAGAUUGAAAAGAGCUCAUCGAUGAUUUGCUUUGGAAAAGUUCAAAAUUUUAUGAAUUUUAUUCUACACGUAGACUAUCGGGGCGAUUAUUCAUUGUUGUCCUGACCUGUAAACAAUUAUGGCAUUAACCAAACUCCGGAAGACUAAAGACUUUUAGGGUAGUUUGUGUGCAUUUGAUACUGCAGCCGACGUAAUUUAAACACUCGCUUUUUGCUCAAACUUUUGCAAUAUUCAUUGCGUCGCUCUGCAUAACAGCUGCUCGAUGUGCACGAUGAAGUAGAUCAUGUAAAAACUACUUUACGAUCUCCACAUUUUGGAACAUUUAUUUUACUUCUGGCCAUUGCUAGCAACAUUCCAGCAUUUUUUUUCACUGUACAUAAAAACAAUAGCGUCUAUGUGUAUACAUAUAUAUAUAUAUAUAUAUAUAUAUAUAUACACGCUAUUUGAACUAUGCUAAAGCUGUAUUGACUAGUUAGUUACUUACAUCUAUGCUUGAAAAUUAAAUACAGGCUGACGCAGGUCUCUGAGCGAAUUCAAUAAACAACCAUAUAUAUAUAUAUAUAUAUAUAUAAUAUAUAUAUAUAUAUAUAUAUAUAUAUAUGUGUAUAUAUAUAUACAUAUAUGCUGUAUAGGGUAAAGUUUCUUCUUUAGGCUAGGCUUUCUCAACGCCAAACUCGCUACAGGUCAAAACCCACAGCGUCAGUGUUUAUACAGUUACUGUUAUACAAUAGAAACAUUAAAUUAGUUUCAAAUACAAAGCCGUACGCUUUGCCCAGCCUCGGAACCAAGACAGUGGUGUAUGUUAGACUUUUAACUAAUAUAAUUUUAUACUCAUUCAUAUAUAUACAUAUAUAUAUGUGUGUGUGUGUAAAAAGGUCGCUUUGUGAAUGUGAACAUGGAAGUAGUGCGUGUUCAAAAAAGUUUUUAUCAAUUUUUUUCGAAAAUGCAGGAGAGUAAUUAAGUGUAAUUUUUGAAAACUGCUAAUCAGUAUGAUUUCAACAUAAGGAUAACAGGCAAAAUCAGACGACAAGAUAAUUUCAGAGGAUACUCACGUAGCAUCAUGUAUAAUUCAGCUUCGUACCGUUUUUUCGCAUGAAACGUGCCAGCCUACCAGGCAGAAAACAAUCAAGCACAUAAAGAUAUAUAUAGGCGUCUAAAUAGUAAUGACAAUUCAGCUACGAUUCGGUUUAAUAGGUCGUGGAAGGUGUACAUACCUUCUCGACAUUCAACAGGCGUUUAUUCAGGUCAUAUUUUACCUUGAUUUGUUGUACAUAUUAAAAUUGGAUCGAUUUUUAAUAAUAGAAGCGCCUUUCUUUCAUAAUUUUUAAGAAAAUCGAUGCUAACAAACACAAUCACCGAAGUCAAGGGUUUUUUUAGUCGUUAUUUGGAAUGAAUGCUCUUCUACCCGGACAAAAAUCUGCCAUCUUCCAGAUUUUUAAAUACUUGUUUAGGUUUGUACUAAGCUAAUAAAUUUUCAUUAAACAUCUAACAAAAAUUUAACAAACGUAAUAUUUUGCAUUUUCCUAAUACCGUUGUGUUUAACUAUUCAAUGACUUCAGAGAUCUAUACAAUUCAAGGCAAUGGUAAAUGGUUACGUACGUCUAGACCUUAAAACAGUUUUAAUACAGAUAUUUAUAUCUGAUAGAUAAUAAAACAGAUAUUUAAUUUCGGACCGACUUAUUUUGAAGCCAUAACAUUGAAAAUAAUUUAUAGUUACGAGGUUUCCAGCAUUUAUGUCAUCAUAUUUAUGAUAGUGUAUUUCACUAAUGUUCAAUAGUACAUGGUGUUACUUGGCGGUAAUUCUCUGUGUGGCAUAUAUAAACUUUAUGAAAAAGAUAUAAAUGUUAAGGAACAUUCGUCGAGUGUUUUUACCAUGUCAGUUAAUGUGACUUCUGCCUUACACUAGGUGGUUACUAACGCAUCCGGCGGACUUUGAAAUUGAGUAACUUUCGAACCACUGCCGCUAGUAGAUAAAGUUUAUCUGGUAAAUAGCUUAGCCUUCUAGAAACAUGUGAGGGAAAGCUGAUGAUUCAGUGACUCUUAAGAGUGAUUAGUGUGGAAGGAAAAAUAUCUUUUGAUCUCGAAAAUUAACACUCAGUGGUCAAGCACUUGUUCCAGGGACUUAGAACUUGAAGCUAUACCCUAAUAUCAGCCUAAAACAUGGCUUGUUAUUUCUAAUAAAGUGCAUACUCAUGGCCAAAUAUUGAACUAUAUUAGAUAUUAUAUUGUUAUUGAAAUAUCUGUGUUGCUUAUAACAAGUUCAAUGAUGUCAUUUGUUCAACCUGAGCUAAUUAUCUUAUCCGUGCUUCUUGCCAGCCUAAACACUUUACAUAAAAAUCUUACGGGGGCUUAUGUUACGAUCUUCGACAACUAGAGGGCGGAUGCAGUUAAAUAUGAAUUUCAAAGAAUAUCAUCUAUUGUUUGUUUCAUUUCUUAUAAAUUGACAUAAUUUAGUCGAAAAGCUAGAAAUUUCCGUUGCACCAUAUGGAUCUCAUUGUAUACACGCCCACAGAAGCUGGGCUUAAGUCAGCAUAAAUACACACAGCCAGCCCCCAAUACCCCAAAUUUUGUGGUUGUCAAGGGUAUGCGUACGCGGUAGAGGAGAGUCGAAGUGUUUUCACGUUGCCAUGGCUUCCCGGGCCCACCCUACUCGUUCCACUCCCCGAACGUAUAAACAGCAAAAUUGCAGCUGGUUUUUCUGCGGGCUUCAACAACUGCCGGAGCCAAUAAUUGUUGAGUAGCUACAUAAAAGCGUAACGCGAUAUGCCUAGUGACGUUCAUUCUAAAUCUAUCGAAUAAUUACAGUUUAGCCUUCUAGUAGGUUGAAUUGCAGUUUUGGUCGUCUGCAAAGAUGGACUACGUAACAGAUCACGCAAUCGUGCGCUGGCUUCAAGUGGCAUAACGGCAAUUUUCAUUGUUCGAAUACUGGUACGUGAUUAAGACUUUGUAUCAUUUUUUAAAUCGAUAACUAUUAAUUAUCAAAUAUUAGUUAUAAUUUAAAUAAUAAUUAUUAUUAAUCAAUAUAAACGGUUUGCCUUAUUCUGAUAUAAUAAACUGUAGUUUCGUUUGGCCCAUUCAAUUACUCUCAUCUAAAUAGUUUCAUUUCUACGUUUGGUGUUGCCGUAAAACACUGCUCCAGUUACCUUUAUCGAGCAGUAUAGUAUAAUAUGUAUACAUAAUAAUCUCAUUAUUUGUUUUUGCCGCUGUCGUUCAAGAUUUUCAAAUACACUUUUAUUGACUAUUUCAAAAUAAUUUGCUGCGUCCAUAAAAAAACACGGAAAAUUAACAAUUUUCCGUGUUUUUUAUGGACGUACCUCGACUAAACUAUAAUUAGCAGCUAUUCGUUUGCCCUUUGAGGUUGCCUUCUUUGCUGAAUAGUAUCGCACUAAUCCAAUUGCCUGUGAUAUAGCCAACGCAGUUAUAUAUUACGGCCACUGCUUUUGCAUGUUAUUACACCAUUAUUAUUUCAAAAUGUCUAACCAUUUUAGAAGUGGCAAUAUCUCUUCAUCCUAGAGAGGACAGUCUGUCCACGUUU